AGGAUGUAAUCAGCAGAGUACCAUGGGGCUUGUUUACAUCUAAAAUCAAGCCCGCCAAUAGGAUGAGUGAGCAUGGAGACAGCAUUGUCCCAUUUAACCCCACAGAUCUCAGGUCAGGAGAACCAGCCACCAAAACGGACAUCACUGUCCUGAGUGUAGACCUGAGGACAGAGAAGAGCCACAAUGAGGAGCUCAGAGACAUUAAGAAGCCAUACGAUGGUCCUAAAGUACUUCAGGAUGAGCAUAGUCUCUAUCAGCCUCGACCUCCCUCUCUUCCGAAGCCCAUGGGAUUGGGAAUGGGGGGUAAAAACCUCUCGUUUGAUGAAAAGGUGAGGGGAAGGAGAUUGAGGAACAGCCAGGAGAGUCUCACGGAUCCGGGAGAGACGGGUUCUUCUACUGAUUCUCUCAAAGAUGUUGCCUCAGCAAACGGUCAAACCCUUGCAUCUCGACGUCCUCUCGAUCUCCAGCACAUGGAGAUGCCACCGUUCAGGAUUAGGACCGGGAGCUUGUCCGAGACGGAUGUGUCUCCUCAUGACCUUUGUGAUCCGAAUAAAGAGCGCAUGAAACCAUCCAGAAUCGUUCUGUCUCCUCUGCAGCCCACAGGCACGUAUCCUCUUCUGGAGAACAGCACCGCCUCUGCGUCUUUAAGAACAACUAAUAGGAUUGACAGGGAUUGUUUGGAUUACGGUGUGGUGGGGAGAAGAGGGCGGUCGGAGAGGCUUCACAGGAAUCUGAGCGAUAGCCGGCUGUUGGACACCAUGGUGUCCGACAAUACAUCUGUCCAUUCCAUGAAGUCCACAUAUAGCGUUCUGAACCCCAUCAGACCUCGGGAUGUGAGGAACAGGAGCUUUCUGGAGGGCAGUGUUUUGGGCAACGGCGCCUUGCUGGGUGCAGAAGAGCUUGACCGUUACUUCCCAGAGAGACGUCUCGGCAUCUACAUCGCCACAUGGAACAUGCAGGGAGAGAAGGGCCUUCCAUACAAUUUAGAUGAUCUGCUGCUGCCAACUGACACUGACUUUGCACAGGACGUCUAUGUUAUAGGGGUUCAGGAGGGCUGUCCUGAUAGGAGGGAGUGGGAGAUCCGUCUGCAGGAAACUCUUGGGCCAUAUUACGUGAUGCUGUAUGCAGCAGCCCAUGGAGUGCUCUAUCUCACUGUAUUUGUCAGGAGAGACCUCAUAUGGUUUUGUUCAGAGGUGGAACAUGCUACAGUCACAACCAGAAUUAUAUCUCAGAUUAAGACUAAAGGAGCAGUGGGCAUCGGCUUCACCUUCUUCGGGACGUCCUUCCUCUUUGUCACUUCCCAUUUCACCUCUGGAGAUUCCAAAGUAUAUGAGAGGAUCUUGGACUAUAACAAGAUCAUCGAAGCUUUGGCUCUUCCUAGAAACCUUCCUGAUACAAACCCUUACCGCUCUACGACCUCUGAUGUCACGACCCGUUUUGAUGAAGUCUUCUGGUUUGGAGAUUUCAACUUCCGCCUGAAUAAAGCCAGAGGAGACGUGGAGGCCAUUUUAAAUCAGGGCGUUGGCGUUGAUAUGAGCCCGUUAUUACAACAUGAUCAGCUGACGAGAGAGAUGAAGGAAGGAUCCAUUUUUAAAGGCUUUCAGGAAGCAUCAAUUCACUUCCCUCCGACUUACAAGUUCGACAUUGGUUGUGAUGUUUAUGACACCACGACAAAACAAAGAACACCUUCAUACACCGAUCGUAUUCUUUAUCGAAACAGACAAGCAGAUGACAUAAGAGUGAUAAAGUACACGUCUUGCUCGUCCAUUAAGACGUCAGAUCACCGGCCAGUCAUUGGCAUGUUUCAGGUCAAACUACGUCCGGGUAGAGACAACAUUCCUCUGGGCGCUGGCCUUUUCGACAGGAGUCUGUACCUCGAAGGAAUCCGACGGAGAAUCACCAGAGAGCUGAAAAAGAGAGAGGCGGUCAUGAAAAACCAGAACAACAGCACAGUCUGCUCCAUAUCCUGAUCCGGGACCAGUGUGCGACAGCCAUAAGGUGCUAAAACUGAUCAUUUUCAAACACGCCUGGUGACUCGGAAAGCUGGACUUUCAGGACCGAGGGAUAACUCGGUUUACUGUCACUUAAGUGCACAGCCCGCGGACCAAAGCACUACAGCUGGUGUUGGAUUAAAUAUAUAAAAACAUGACUUUAUUCCUAUGAUUUAAUCUUUAAAUUAUACUGACCAGAGUAAAGGAAGUUAACAGUACUGUACAUUCACUAUUCCUAAUGCGUUUCUUUGUUUUACUUCAUUUAACUUGCAAGCUGAAACAGUCUGUGCUGUGUAUGGUUUCAAUGUAUAGCAUCUCAUGGCCUUGUUAAAGGGACAGCACACCCAAAUAUGAAAAUCGUUUACUCAUCCUCUCAUUACUCAGUUUCUCUCUUCUUGUUUUUUGUUCAACAGAAGAAAGAAAUUGAUUGAAACGACUUGAGUUUGAGUAAAACAGUGUGAGAAUUUUCAUUUUUGUACACGCCGUCCCUUUAAAUGAUUACACUACCUUACAGUUGUAAGAGCAACAAAUAAUAGCUUCACUUCUAGUUGAUCAUUUGGAAAAGUGGCAGAGGGUCAAUUUUUGUUCAAUACUGACCUAUUAAAACUUGCAUGGACCCAAAAUUCUCAGAGUAAUCAGUCAAGUUUGGUGAGGGAAAAAUCCUGGUUUGGGGUUAUAUUCAGUAUAGGGGUAUGUGAGAGAU